UCGUCGCCAUUAUUACCGUUUUGGUGGAAGGAAGGCAGCUUUCUCGAAGUAUCGCUCUUCGCGUUUUUGUUUCGGCCAUCGCAACUCGCAAGUGCAGGCAUCAGCAGCCAACUCAUGAGCAUAAAAUUCAGCGCAAGAGCAUAGCUGAGUCGGAAGAUCAGCAGCAGUGUAGGGCUCUUUUAUCCCGUGUUUGUUCCACCAAAAAUCCUCCUGGAAAGAGAAAGCAAUUCGCCAUCGUCCGCGCGAGCAAACGCGAGUCGAUUUCGAGUGUUGUUUGUUGGCGGUACGCUUCUCGGAGAAAAAGUGAAAAUCGGUCGCCUUUCGGUAAAAAUUUUCAUUGAAAACCCACCCGAAUCCGCAACUUUCAGCGGAAACAGGGUACGCAAGCAUACGGUUAUUGUGUGGAGCAUAAUUUUUCAGUGAUUUUCGCAGUGUUUUUAGUAGAUUUCUGAAGGUAAAUGUCGUGCAGUGAAUUCUCCUUCAAACUCCAUUAGGAUUUGCUGCUGUGGCCCUCUUUGGCUGACGGUCGACGUUGGAGAGACAUCUUGGGAAAGUGUAAAAAAAGAAACAGAAAAAGUGCUCCGUGCAACAGAGCAAAAAGAGCUUCCAAGAGCUGGUUAAUUUUGAAGUCAUUUACUCCCGGAGACCUCUGGAGCAGAACAAGGAACCUUGCAAGAGUGCAAAUAAAUCUGUUUGGAUAUUUUUUUGGAUUUCUGGUUUCGUGAUUAGGCAGUGAAAAAACGCAAAAUUUUUCAUAAUUUUUUUCCUUCGAGCAAGAGUGAGAGGCGUGAGUAUGGUAGUGGUCGUGUGAGCAGAACCGCUGGCCACAGAGAGCUCUUGUGCAUGAGACGCAAGGAAAGCAGAGAAGAAACCGGAGCAAAACGACUACAGCAGUGAGUUAUAUGUUAAAGCAAGUAGUAUAGAAACGACGAAUAUUUUUCAAGUGAAGUGAAAUUACACACCGAAUACGGCGGCGGGUGUGUGCAGAGUGAAAUAAAAGCCGACCCGAUAGUUCAAGGAAGAUCCAGUGUGUCAUAGGACUAAAAGACAACAGAGAAUCUAGUGAUACUGGUGAAGAGGUGAAAGAACAACGAAAAUGUCACUUCCGAUAAACUCUCUCUACUCACUAACGUGGGGUGACUACGGGACAUCGUUAGUAUCCGCCGUACAGCUGCUUCGAUGCCAUGGGGAUCUAGUAGACGUCACACUAGCAGCCGGUGGCCGUAGUUUUCCAGCGCAUAAAAUUGUGCUGUGUGCCGCCAGUCCGUUCUUGCUCGAUCUACUAAAGAACACACCAUGCAAACAUCCAGUUGUUAUGCUGGCCGGUGUCAAUGCCAACGAUCUGGAAGCGCUCCUCGAGUUCGUCUACCGCGGGGAGGUGAGUGUGGAUCACUCGCAGCUACCGUCGCUAUUGCAAGCGGCACACUGUCUGAACAUCCAGGGGCUUGCACCUCAAACAGUGUCGCAUAAGGAUGACAACACAACGUACACCACAUCGAUCCAGUUACAUCCCACACUUGUACCGCAAAAUCAUGCCGUCAAGGCAGUCAUCGAUGUCGGAAACAAUGUUUGCACGGAAGAUCUCAUCACAACGCUGACCCCCACCCAGACAGUUCAGGCCCAGGUUAUCGAAACAAUCACCCCGGAUCAGAUGAGCGAUGAGGUUACCAAGGAUGUCAUUAGCCAGUUUUUGCCCACCCGCAAGCGCAAGCAACGCACGAAGAAACCGUCCCAGUCGGGUGGACAGAAUGCUACCGGAAUACAGGCAACGGCUACCGUCACGGCUGGAGGAACUAACGCUGCUAAGGUCUUGAAGGCUGAUGAGGAAGGAACCAUCCAAACUAUCAUCGUCAACAGCGCGGAAGAAGCGGCCAACGUUGUAAAGGACAUCAAGAAGGAAGCUACUGCUGACGGCGCCUCGGUUAUGGAAUCAAAGGACGGAAUCAUCAAAAUUAAGAACAAAUCACAAUCGGAACAGCCAGCCACUUGUCCCAUCUGUCAGGCCGUAAUUCGUCAAUCUCGUAACCUGCGUCGUCACUUGGAGUUGAGGCAUUUCAAGAAACCAGGCGUAAAGAAGGAACGCGUCAAGAAGAACAAAGGCAAUGCAAACGGACAGGCAAACACGAGCGGCGCAAACGGUACCGGAGCAGGAAACAGCUCGGUCGAGCAGCAGCAACAAGCACACGCCCAGCAGCAAGCUCAACAGCAGACGGCCAUCGAAACAGCAGGAACGAUAUCGGUUACGGUUUCCCAGGCACAGGCACAACAGCUCGAACAGGCCGCGGCAAACGGUCAGCAGCACGUGGUCACGCAACAUGAAAACGCCGACGGAACAACAUCGCUCUCAAUUGCCCAGGUACAGACGCUGGAUGGACAUCAGCUGGCGAUUGGAAAUUUGAAUCAGGCCACACUUAUUCGCACCGGUGAAUCGAUCGAGGCAGGAAUCAUCGCAACGCACGAGCCAACACUGCGCCCGCAUACCGAGCUGUUCCGCGUUGGCAACACCGUCUACACGAUAGAGGAACGUCGACCGGAUCAGCCGAACCGUUUGACUUAGAACGAUGACGAUGACGUCGACAACGGGGGCGACGUGUACGAAAUAGUUGAGGGAGUCGAUUACGAUUGCAUCAUCGAUAGUGGCGUGGACGUGGAAAUCGAGGAGGAAACCGGGGAGGGUAUCGUGGUAGAAGACGAGGAGGAGGUGGUAAUGGAACCGGGCGGAGCGGGCGCGGGUGGAAUCGUCGAUUCCACCGGUGGGGUGAUUAUCGAUACCACUAACGAUGAUGAGAAUGAUGAGAACAGAGUUGACGGACAGCACCAGCAGCAGCGUCAUCAAGUCGGAACGCAAACAGGAGAAACCACCAUUGUUACCGUCACUACGGCUGGGGCAUCCGGGGGCGGUAGCGUGACCGGCAACAAUAAUCGUAAUACGAUAAACCGAAACAGCACUAAUACUAGAGCUGGCAGCAGCAGCAACCCCGCCGACGGUGAUCUGGCGUCGUCCUACAAGCACUUUUUUAUUCUCUAAUUUGAUAAGUUCAGCAAGAAAAAACAAACCGUCGAGAGAGACAACGGCUCUUAAAAUGUGCGUUAGAAAGAAGCUGUGUUUUAUUAUUAAUUUUUUUUUACGAAAGUGAAAAUUUUUUUUCGUUGAAUUGUGAAAUAGUAAACGAAAGAUUUAUGAAUUAUUUAUAUCGGUUUAGUUCUGUGCAGAGAAUGGUUUGUUCCCGAACAAACGCUAUAUCGUUCAGUCACAGAGCAACACAUCAAGCGAAAACGAAUUGAUUGUUGAGAAUGAGUGGAUCAUGUUUUUUAGUAAAAUUUUAGCUAAUCGCCAGAGGAUUCAAGUUGUUCAAUUUCACCACAACUAAAAGUUAGGUUUUGCACUAUUAUGAUUAUUUAAAGAUGAGAGACAUAAUUAGGAUCAUUCAUAUUUCGUACAUUUAUAUUUUAUCGCUUUGUACAUAGCAGCUAAUUAUUGGACAAAAAGUAACGAAUAAAACAAUUGUAUUGAUGAUACCUAACGAUUAAGAAAAAAAAACAAAUUAAAUUCAAACACUGAGCAACUCUUACACACAUAUGAAUCAAAAUGAAGCAUCAAGAACGAAGGUGUGUUAGUGAGAUUCUGAAAAUCUUACUGCUAGCAGUUCUGUAAAGAUGAAUGAUUAAUUCUCAACAACGUAAGCUCCUAGCAAAUAUGCUAGAAUAUUUGAGAUUUUAACAUUUGGCACACAAUCGUAGGGCACGUAGCCAUUUUUACUUUAUCCUCAAUCCUGUUUUUCUCGCUCAAUGCUUCCGACCAACUUGUAAUAUGUAAUGUAUUUGAAGAACUUAACUCAUUUUUAAGUCCAAACCACAUUUGCAAAUCAAAAAUUCGUUUUGGUACUUCCUACCUAUCACUUUCUCGUCGAUUUAGUUGUGUGUUUUUUGAUUAGAUAAAACAAACUCUAGAUGGAAUGACCCGAAACUUUCAUACGAAUUAAAAAACAUUACAAGACGGCAAUAAUUGCAAUAGCAGUAGUAUGUGGACGGUUUAGAGUCAACACAGAUUUGAAAGGUGGUUACUGUCCUUUUUCUAUCAAGUGCAAUUUCCAAACUUAUAUAUGCUGAAGAGGUGGCAACAGCCACUCUUUUUGGUAAAUUCUUUCCCACCUUCAGAUUGCCAGACGUGAUUUAUGCAACAAAUUCUCCAACUUUCGAUGGGUCAUAUUAUUUUUAUAGUACAAUGCCUACUCACCUUUCACAAACUUUAUGCUAAACAUUGUUUUUAUUCUGGCAUUUAUCUGCCCCCUGGCUUGGAUCUAGAACUUAAGGAUGUUGUUAACUGAUCCCGUUUUUGAAAAUACGAAAUACAUAAACUAUUUCAAAAAAUCAGUUUCAUAAUAUAUUAGAAAAAGCGUGUGUGUUGUGAUUGCGUCUUAAUAGUUUGUAAGUGAAACCAAUGGAAAAUAAAACUGAAAAUGACCGUAACUAUACAAUUUUAACCCAUAAAAUAGAAAUAUCUAGCUGUUAGAUUUUUUCUUUUUUUUUUAACAAACUCACCCUAGUGUAAUAAGUGACCCAAGCAGAUUUAUUCCUCCCACUAAAAUAAAAAAAAAAACAGGCAUAAAUAAGAAAGAGAAUACCGUAUAAUAGCUCUACUUUUUACGAAGAGCGCGCGCAAUGGGAAUUGUUCGCUGCAGCAAACAAGAAAAAAAAACAUGAACGUGUAAUAAUUAAUUUUAAGCGAAAACAGUUAGUAAUCCGCGAGUGGAAAAAAUGACAACAAAAAGAAACCGUUUCGGAACCGAAAUUUGAACAAAAGUACAACUAAGCCCAUAUACAGAUCGUCAUAAUUGAAAGGAAGAAAACAUUUUUCGUACAUUUGAGCUACCUGUCGUGGAGAGAGAGACGCAAAACAAAAUAGUAAAGCAAAAAAAACAAACAAACAAAAGUGUCGUAGUUGUGUAUUCAAACCAAUCAACUUUAUAACUAACUGUAACAUGUUAACGUGUGUGUAACGUAGUAAUUAGUACUUUUCUUAGUUCUCGACACAGCAAAAUGGUGUGUGCAUUUACGACGAGAUCAUCCGAAAAACAGAUUCAGCAAACACAUUAACCCGCUUUACUACUACUCUACUACCAAUUGUAUUGUUUCCCAUAUCCGACGACAUCGUACGACGCUUCCCACUGGACAAUUGCUAAACGAUCAAUAUCAGGUUAACUUAUUCAACACCCCCCCCCCCCCUCCCCCCAUUCUAAGCAGUCGUUUUCCCAUGGUAAGCAAAAAAGUGUAUCACUCUCACACAAAGUUUUCUAAGUUGUACCAAGUUUGAAUAUCUGGCUUUAUCAAAGAGAACCAUAUAUUAUCCAUUAAGAAGAGAAACGCUCGCACAUGUGUAUAAUAGGUAGAGCUGUGUGCAUCUCACAUUUUAAUUAAAAUAGUUCGUAAAUUAUGAUCAAUUUGCUGUAAAACGAUAUGGAUAUAACUUAAACUAUUCAAAAAUAUAAUUCUACCAUGAUAGCGCAGUACUUUUCACCGCUGCGACAGACCUUCGCGCCGCGGGUUACACGAAUGGUGUUUCUUCAACAGAAAGAAACUUCGCGCAAGCGGCGGACGGGCGGUUGGGCGAAACCACGCAGCAUUCGACACAAAAACAUUAAAACUUACACCAAGUGGUAAAAUCGUUUUCGAGAGCUAAACAAUAUCUAAAUUUAGAUGUGUGUGUACAUACAGAGAAAAAUAAAGUGAAA